UCGCAGACUCAGCUUUCUACGAUCUCGCCUUCCUACAACCAACUCUCCGCCUCUUCACAGUCGUCUUCAAAUCCUUCGCCAUGGAGCUCACCAGUUUCCUCGCUGCCCUGGCAGUCUUCCUGCCUAUCGUCUACGGUGCCCCUACCACGGCCGCCAACAGCCUCCACCCCGAGAUUCUCGCCGCUAUGAAGCGCGACUUGGGACUUGACGCUGAGCAGGCCCACGUCCGUGUUGCCCGCGAGCUCAAGGCCACCGAGGUCAUCGAACAGCUUCGCACUUCCACCGGCAACUCCUUCGGUGGUGCUUGGCUCGUCGACGGCGAGCUCAACGUCGCCGUCACUGAUGAGGCUCUGACCGCCGAGGUCAAGGCUGCUGGUGCCACCGUGGCAGUCGUUCCCAACGCUAUCUCCAAGCUCGAGGAGGCCAAGAAGGCAAUUGACAACCUUGACAUCGCUGCCCUUGGCAAGCGAUCUGAGGAUGCUGCCAGUGGAAUCGCGGCUUACUACGUCGAUGUUGCUGCCAACAAGCUCGUUCUCGAGGCCCUUUCCAGCAGCACCACCGAAGCUGAGGAGCUCGCAAAGAAGGUCGGACUGACCGCGUCUGAGUUCGAGGUCCGCGUCGUUGAGGCUCUGCCCACCACCUUCGCCACCAUUCGCGGCGGUGAUGCGUACUACAUUAACAACGCCGGCCGAUGCUCUGUUGGUUUCUCAGUCACCACCGGAUUCGUCUCCGCUGGUCACUGCGGUACUUCUGGUGCCAGGGCCACCACCAGCGCCGGUGCUUCUAUCGGUACCUUCGCCGGUUCGGUCUUCCCCGGAAAUGGUGACUACUCCUUCAUCCGCGCCACCACCGGAAACACCUACCAAGGCCGCAUCAACAACUACAAUGGCGGUACCCUGCCUGUCUCUGGCAGCACCGCCUCCGCCGUUGGAGCCGCCAUCUGCCGUUCCGGCUCGACUACUGGUGUCUACUGUGGCACUGUUCGCGCUCUGGGCGCAACUGUCUCUUACGCCGAGGGUCGCGUCACUGGUCUUACCCAGACCAAUGUCUGCGCUGAGCCCGGUGACUCUGGCGGUUCCUGGUACUCUGGUGCUCAGGCCCAGGGUGUCACCUCCGGAGGCUCCGGCAACUGCCAGAGCGGAGGAACCACCUACUUCCAGCCCGUGAACGAGAUUCUGUCCGCUUACGGUCUUACCCUUGUCCGCGGUUAGUUUGUUGUUCACUGCAGUUAGCGAGUUACUGUUGGAAGGAAGAUCGUGGAUGGGACAUACAAGUUGUACAUAGUCAAUCCCAGUUGCAACCAAUAA